UGCCCUCGGGGCCGGAGUUUAGUCCUCUUCGUCCACCUUCCAUCUGGCUUCCAGUUCUCACACGUCGGAGAGCUCGUGGGCUGACUUCUUCCGAAACCUCAAGGAGCCAGCCGCCUCCCCGAAGCCCGUCACCCAAGAAUGCAUUACCUAGUGCCACGGUCACGGUCGCCGUCACAGGCGCCCUCAACCCCACCCCAGGCCUGCCCGCGGUCCCUCUCUCUCCCUCACCCGCACCUGCACGCAAGCUCCCCCGGGCCGCAGGUGCGGACGGCGGCGAAAUUCCACACCCGGCAGAGGCCCGCCAGCUCCCGGGAGGACAGGGGAGGCGCUCUUGCCUGCGGCUGCCAGGCUGAGGUCCCAGAUUGUGCUUUUUUAGCCAAGAAGCAUGGAGGUAAUUCAUGGCAGGCCCUACCGCUGCAGGGAGCUUGAAGGAGCUGACAUACUGUCAAACACCUUUUACUCCAAUGAAUUGCACACUCCACUGCAAACAGUUGUUCGCCCAACUGCCUCAGAGAACAGGUACCAGGAGUUAAGGGAGUCACUCCAGGCAUGUAGGCUUCCGUGGGGCGCAGAAAGGGAAUACGGUGGCAUGAUACCCAUCUCAGGCCCCGAGGAACACAGGCCACGGUGUGAGCCUCCUCUUGUCAUGGGCCCCAGACAUCAGCAUUACGGAUUCGGUGGAGAAACCUGGCCAAGAAAGCUUCCUGUUGAACAAUUCUAUUAUUUGUCACAGAACAAAAAAAGUGAUGUCUAUGGAAAUGAUUCUUUGAUGCCCAAACCACCUAACUCAGCAGUAGGGGAAAUCUGCUCCCUGUACCCGAUUGAACACCCGUACCACACACACAUCUCUCGUGGCGCCAUCUUCCCGACCUUCACGUCACCGAAGGACGUCUACACUGGCGUUAAAGCCCGAACCCAACAGCCGUUCCCUCCCACUGUGCCGACGAAGGCUUAUGAUACAGUGGUUUUGAAGACAAGAGGUAAUCCCUACCGAUACGAACUUCUUGAUUUUCCCACGGACUCAAAGAAGAAAGCCUUGGUUUGGCCAGGUCAGGGUGUAUAUUAUGACUUUCCUAAAUGUCUUGAGAAAAACAAGCCAGUAUUCUACCCAAAACCACCUAAAACCUUCGCUCCUAACACUUCUUUCAAUUCGUGGGACCCUAGUAACUCUCUAAAAGAAGCCAAUAUACAAAGAAAUCUUGAGAGGUCUCACUGGAUCACUUCGUAUGAUCAUGAUUUUACAGGUCUGGGGCCCAUGAACCCCCUUGAACUGGAUGAUUACCAUGAAAAGGAGGUAGCAGAGUUAACUGGACAGAUGGGAUUUGACCCCAAGCCUCAAGAAAAAUUCCAUUCUGCCUUAAAACCCACCAGACCCUUGGAAGGACGAAUUGCCCGGCUAAUUCAGAACCGUCGUCCUCUGGAGCCUAUGGUCCAGCAAAGACCACCGUCCUGUCCAGAUUGUACCCCUAGAGUGUUGUGUACUUUUCAUACCUUUGUACCCAGUUCUACAGAAAUGAUGGCUCUGAGUGAUAACAUGCCUGCCGGUGUGAUGCUCAAAAACCAGGAAAUUGAAGACAAGAUUAAGGAAGAACAGAGCUUGCUAUCUACCUGUGCACUCCCAUCCUGUUACCCAACAAAAGAUCUGGCUAAUACUUAUGACGUAAAACCACUUCCAAAAAUCACGGAUACUAAAAAGACAGAAGAUUUGUACUGGAGACAGCUGUCAUUAAAACCCCAACCUACAUCUUACUGCACCCCAGAAUAUUACAUUCCCUAUGAGCAUUUAAAUCAAUAUGAUAUGUGCCAAAACCCUGUCAGUCUUAGUAAACCUGAUAUUUUACAAAAUAAACCUGACUCAGAAGCUUUCCAUCUCGAACAUUUUUUAAGUAGGCCAGAACAGAUGUGCUUGAACAUGGAAAACGACGAAGAAACAAGACCUCUUCUGGAUUGGAUUCCUAGAGCUGGCAUGGCCAAGCCUCACACUGACCUGCUGAAGCUGAAGACCUCUUUUUCAAAAAGUGGUGCACAGAAACGUUUCCAUAAAUCAAUUCUAGAUGACCAGAAAGACCUCCGGGAUAAGGUGCAUUCAGGGAAGAAACACCAAUUCUAUGGCCAUAAUUCUUAUUACUUCUAUAAUUGAGAUAUUCAUCCUUCUCGUCAAAACCCAGCCUCCUGCAAGAAAAGAGAAAAAUAUAACAAUGUCUUCCUCGUUGCUGGAUUCUGUUUUCUAGAGGAGCCGUAAUGAGCUUGUUAAUGACGUUUAUGUUUUCAGGAAUUGAAGUUAGGAUCUGGUCAGAAGAACCCAGAAAAGGCGAUGUUCUGACUUCUUCAAAAGUUUAACAAUUUGGCAAUAAAAUAAUAGAACCAGAAAA